CCUUGGACCAGGUAGACCUCCAAGCCUACAUGGGUCUGUUGAUUCUAGCAGGAGUACAUCGGUCCAACAAUGAGGCUACAAAAAGUCUGUGGGAUGCAGAGUCAGGGAGGCCUAUAUUCCGGUCAACUAUGUCCCUGCAACAGUUUCAUGUCCUCUCAAGAAUUAUCAGAUUUGAUGACAGAGCUACACGACCUUUCCGCUGGCGAGACGACAAACUGGCUGCCAUCAGGAACGUUUGGGACAGGUGGGUGGAGCGCCUACCACUGAUGUACAAUCCAGGCCCUGAGGUGACAGUGGACGAGCGCCUGGUCCCUUUCAGAGGUCGCUGUCCAUUCAAACAGUACAUCCCAAGCAAACCAGGCAAGUAUGGGAUCAAGAUCUGGGCAGCAUGUGAUGCCAGGAGCAGCUACGCCUGGAAUAUGCAGGUUUACACAGGGAAACCUGUUACUGGAAGGCCAGAAAAAAACCAAGGCAUGCGUGUUGUGUUGGACAUGACAGCCGGUCUCAAGGGGCUUCCCCCUGCACUGGUGUCGACCAGAGGGAGAGAGGCACUCUCAUCCAAAUUUGCUUUCACUGACACACACAGUCUUGUGUCAUAUUUGCCCAAGAAAAAUAAAAAUGUCAUCCUGAUGAGCACUCUACACAAAGACGCCGCUGUCAGCGAAGCAGAGCACAGGAAGCCCCAGAUCAUCCUGGACUACAACAGAAACAAAGGAGGCGUUGAUUGCCUUGAUAAGCUUACUGGUACAUACACCUGCAAGCGAAUGACAGCUCGUUGGCCUGUGGCUGUGUUCCACAACAUCCUCGAUGUGUCUGCAUGUAAUGAAUAUGUGGUGUGGACAGCGAUCGACCCAGCCUGGAAUCAGGGGAAAUGUUUCAAGAGGAGACUCUUCCUGGCAGAGCUUGGGAAAGCUUUAGUGACUCCUCUAAUUCAACGGCGCCAGCACCUUCCCCGCACACCAGCCUCUUGCAGUCUGGUGAGGAGUCUGCAAGCCCCAGCCACGGCCCUGGCCACUCUCCCCCCAAAACAGGGGCAGAAACGGAAGAGAUGCAAGCUAUGUGCCCCUAGAGACAAUAAGACAAGUCUUACAUGUUUCAAAUGUGAUGCCUACGUUUGCAAGACACACUGUGACCUGAUUGCAAAAUGCCACUCCUGUGUCUGA